GUUUCCUGUGCUUCCAUGAAGGCUGGCGGUCUGGCACCGAGUCCCGGCUGCUCUGCUGCGUGCGUAUGAUUUCGCCGAACGUCCCAGAACAUUCUAGAACAGUCUUAGGCUUGCAAUCAUGGCGGACGAAGAAAAGGCGAAAGCAGCAAAGUUGAAGGACCAAGGAAAUGCAGCACUGAGCGCAGGAGAUACUCAGAAAGCGAUAGAAUUUUACACUGAGGCAAUUUUACUUGAUCCUGCCAACCAUGUGUUCUACAGCAAUAGAUCCGCGGCGUUCGCAAAACUUUCAAAGUACAACGAGGCUUUGGAGGAUGCCAAGAAGUGCGUUGAAAUCAAGCCAGACUGGGGAAAGGGCUACUCCCGUCUUGGCACAGCAUAUUCCUUCCUGAAGAUGUACCAAAAGGCAGAGGAGGCAUUCACGACUGGCCUCAGGCACGACCCUAAUAAUGCACAGUUAAAAAGUGGACUGGAGGAGGUGCAAUCAAACGCAGGCCAGCAAACAUUCCAGAAUCCUUUCUCAUCACCAAACAUGUACACACUUCUACAGGCGCACCCUAAGACGCGAGCUUACUUACAGCAGCCAGACUACGUGGCAGCCAUUGAGGAACUGCGCAAGAACCCACAGGCUCUUCAAACCAAACUUGGCGACCCCCGUAUCAUGGAAACACUUGGUGUGCUGCUAGGAAUCCCAACUGAAGAAGGACACAGUGAAGGUCCUCCAUCAAAACAAGAGAAAAAGGAAGAGCCUGAGCCUGAGAAAAUGGAAACUGAACCAGAACUGGCAGAAAAUGAGAAAAAGGCAAUGGAGGAAAAAGAGUUGGGUAAUGCUGCCUACAAAAAGAAAGACUUUGACACAGCCCACAAGCACUUCAACAAUGCAAAAGAAUUGAACCCUGACAACAUGACUUUCUAUACUAAUAAUGCUGCUGCUUUCUUUGAGGAGGGAAACUACGAAGAGUGCAUCAAAGAGUGUCUGGAGGCCGUGGAGGUUGGGCGAUCAAACAGAGCAGAAUUCGCACUCAUUGGAAAGGCUUUUGCCAGGAUUGGAAACAGCUAUGCUAAACAAAAGAAUUACAAAGAUGCUAUUAAGUAUUAUAACAAGGCCCUGGCAGAGAAACGGACUCCUGAUGUAUUGAAAAAAGUCCAAGAGCUUGAAAAACUUAUGAAAGAGGAAGAACGACUGGCGUACAUAGACCCUGUUAAAUCUGCUGAGGAAAAGGAAAAAGGCAAUGAGUACUUCAAAAAAGGAGACUUCCCUUCUGCCCAGAAACACUACACUGAAGCAAUCAAGCGAAACCCAGAAGAUGCCAAGCUCUACAGUAAUAGAGCUGCUACCUUUCAAAAGCUUGCUGCAUUCAACCUAGCGCUGGAGGACUGUGAAAGAUGCAUUAAAUUAGACCCUAAUUUUGUGAAAGGAUACACAAGAAAGGGAGGAGUCCUCUUUGCAUUAAAGAAAUUCAACGAAGCAAGGACUGCAUACAGCAAAGCUCUUGAAAUUGACUCUGAAAACAAGGAGGCCAAGGAGGGGUUGCGUGCAGUGGCGAUGGCGUCCAGACCCCCCACAGACCCCGAGGAGGUAAAACAACGUGCCAUGGCGGACCCUGAAAUACAGGCUAUCUUAGCUGACCCAGCAAUGAAAAUCAUACUCGAACAAAUGCAACAGGAUCCUGGAGCAGCACAAGAGCAUUUACAAAAUCCAGAAAUUCGAGGCAGAAUUCAAAAGCUAAUGGAAUGCGGGAUCCUGCAGGUUCGAUAGUGCUCUCUUGUCAAGUUAAAGGAUGAUAGUGGAUAGAGUAUGAAGUGAACAGAAAGCUUGGAUGUUGCCUUUCCUAUUCGAUGUUUUUUUUUCUAAAAAAGCAUUACUGCUUAAGUAAGCUAAUGUUGCAGAUUCGUAAAGUAAAGUGGAAAGACACUGGUGCUCCAAUGUAAUUUGAAUGGCGUUUUAUCCGUAAAUCUUUUGGUGAUUUAGCAAUUGUUUUUUAAAAGCAAAUAAAACUGUCGGUAGCAUGA